GUCACAACGACGGGAUCAAAGAAACCAAACCAGCACUUGUUUUUAUUCGAAAGGGAGCUUUGAGGUAAAGGAUGCCAGAGGAAAAGCAGAAACAGCAGGAUGAUGUCGAGGGAAGAUUGUUUCCUUUCAAGGUGAAGAAGUUUUUGUCCGGGGUUGCAUCGGCUGGUCAAGCUGCAUUAAAGGAAGCUCAAGAACGACACCAGUCAGCCUUGGAUUGCAACAGCAGUCAUGAUAAACCUCCCAUCCCGGGGCGUGUUCUCCCCAAACCGAAAGAUCCAAGCCAGGGGAGAAUGAGUGGUGGUGUUACUGAAAGCAGUAAAGUGCAAAAUUUGCUGAGAACACCCCCAAAACCUACAACUAGCAAUGGUGUUUCUAUUGCAGUUUCUCCAGAAAUUGCUGCCGAUAUGAGUAAGGGUGCCCAUGACCAUGACUGGGAAAUGUUGUCGACAGGCGAAAAAGCAUCGACUUGCUCUGAAGUCUUUGUAUCGGGUCCUCGGGCAGGAUCGGUCCGAUCUAUUAGGUCUUUAGAUCACGAUAGCUCCAAUCAAACGACGCUGUCUAUUCCCUUUAAAAUCCAGAGGACAAAUUCCUCUUCAACAAUUGACUCUCAAGACAAUGUCCUUGGUCCUAGUGGAAAGGGGAUUUUAGGAGUGGACUAUAUGGAACAUGUCGUUCUUCCUACGGACACUUUGCAGGGAAUAUGCAUAGCCUAUAAGGUGAGCGCGUCGCAAUUGCGUCGAGCCAACCACUUUUCUGGCACCCUCCAUUCGGCUCCAAAGAAGCUUCUCAUUCCGUUGUCAAAGCAAGCGCUCCGCACUGGUUUCAUCCGAGUGCAAGACACGGAUACCAAGGAAUACAAGUUGCAUUAUUUCCAGGCCGAAUUUCCUGAUAUUAGCGCUGCAGAGGCCAAGGGGUACCUAGAAUUGGCGGAUUGGGAACUUAAGGAAGCCGUUCAGUCUGCCAAGGAAGAUCGGGAAUGGGAGAUCGGUGACGGCAUAGAUGACGAAAAUGGACAAUAUCAAGCAAAGAGUCUCAAAUCAGGGCAAAUCGGUAUCAAACUGGGUUUCAGCGGAAAUAUUCCUACGUUCAAUCUUAUGGGAUCGGGGCAUUCGUCCUCGUUUAAACUCUUAAUGAAAAAAAGCAACAAAAGCUACGAAAAGAAAAACGAAAGCCAUUUCGAGAAGGAAACAACAAUCGUCCAUUCUCGACCUCCAGCCAUUGCUAGUAAGUCGGUUCAAGUAGAAGAUCUAUUUAAUGCAGCUGACCAACACAAUUCUUACGGGUUCGAACUAAAACCGAUCCCUAAGCGCAACGAUAGUUUCACCAACUGAAAUGAAACAUAAUCAUGGCAAUAUAGUGGUGCUUUUAUGUAACUUUUUUAUGUAACUCUUAUUGUUAAAUUAACACAAUUAAUUACG